UUUUAUUUCUUGAUACCUCGUGAUUGCACGAAACUGUGAAAGAAUGGAGGGAUAAAGCUAUGAUAACUAGAUUUCAAUAAAGAAGAUUAGUAAUUUAAUCAUAUAAGUUGUUGGUAUGGAUAAAGGCGCCAAAAUAAGAUGCAAUUCUCAAAUGUUGCCUAAACUUAAAGGCAAAAGGGUAUGCCUUUUGGGAAGAGUUACUAAUAUUGACAAAUCUCAAAGAGCCUGUUAUAUAGUUUCUAGUGAUGAAAAAAGUGUAAAAGUUAUCAUGAAAGAUCAGAUUUUGAAUUAUCCAAAAAAUAUUUGUGAAAUAUAUGGUAUGGUAGAUGUUAACUGUAACAUUAUUUGUGAUUCUUUUACUUGCUUAGAUGAUGUUGAAGAUGGACAUGAAGCUUUUGAUUUUAGUACCUAUGAUCAAGCAAUAAAUUUAGCCCAUAAUUUCCCAAAUUUUUAUGUGACAAAAUAAGAAUAUGGAAG